AUGAUAGCCUCAUUAGCGUCAGAAGUUCAAAAAAAAAUUGGCCAAGUUGAAUCUAGUAGAAUUCAUGAACCACUGCCACCGAAAUCUACAUUAGUAGAUCUGUAUCUUUAUCGAGAUAUUCCUUCAACCAAAAUUCCUGUUAAAGAUGUUGAUUAUAAUGAAGAUAAUAUUGGAAUUAUUAAGGAGGAUAAUAUUAAAGAAAUUGAACCUAAAAAUGAUCAUGAAAGAAAAAGUGAUACUGAAAAUAAAAAUGAAGGUGUUAAGGAUAGCGAUAUUAAAAUAGAUGAUAGAUUAAAAGUUACAAGUCAUGUAAUUGACUCUGUGGUUACGGUUUCCAAAAAUGGAACCGCUACAAUCUCUGAGACCGCUCAUGUUAUAAAAACCAAGGAAGAUUUUCCAGAAACUAAUACACCAAUGGAAAAUAGAUUGAGGCACAUUGGAAUUGGUGAAGAUCUCGGAAUGGGAGAUCGAGUUCGAGCUUAUGUUGACCAUUCUCACCUAAAAACUCGUGCAGGUCUAGUUCCUAAAGAUAUUAAAAGUCCAAAUCUUUAUCAAGAUCUUAAUCCUGACGA